AAAACUUUUUGAAUUGUGAUUCUCCCUCACAAAGGCUUCACCUUUCUUUCAAGAAAAUAUCCCCUUUUCGUUUCGUUCUUUUAACUUUCUCGUGAACAACAAUAGACAUGGCGAUGUUAGCUCGUUUCCGCCACUCCAGAAUCAACACCCUUUGCCGGAGUCGCGAUAUCAUCAGUUCUCCAACCCGUCACGGCCUCUCCGGCCGAAAUCCCAUUCUUUCAGGCGAUUAUUCUUCCUACAAGAAGACCGUACCCCAUUUUCCCAACCCACGCGCUGCCUUUUGCUCUGUUUCCGGCAGCCGAAAAAAUGCGAGGCCUUUUUCUGCGUUUCUUUCCGGGUGGAGAUCCAGAGUCGCCGCAGAUCCGAAGUUCCCUUUCAAGGUGGCCAUGGAACAACUGGUCGGCGUUAGCGCUGGCGUCGCCGGCGACAUGGCGACCCGACCCAACUUCGGCCUCAACGAGCUCGAUUUCGUCUUCUCCACUCUGGUCGUAAGCUCCAUCCUCAACUUCCUGCUGAUGUAUCUCCUAGCGCCGACCCAAUCAUCACCCUCCGCCGCCCGAUCUCCGCCGUCUAUUUUCGCGAACUGCCCCCGGAGCCACAUGUUCGAGCCGGGAAAUUACGGCAUCCUCCGCCGCCUGGGAACGUUUGCCUACAAGGGUGCCCUGUUCGCGGCCGUCGGAUUCGGCGCCGGGCUGGUAGGAACCGCCGUCUCCAAUGGGCUGAUCAAGAUGAGGAAGGAGAUGGAUAGCAGCUUCGAGCCGCCGAACAAAGCGCCACCGACGGUUCUGAAUGCCGCCACCUGGGCUGCGCACAUGGGAAUCAGCAGCAAUUUGAGGUACCAAACGUUGAACGGGAUCGAGUUCUGGCUGGCAAAGAGUCUUGUUCAUCGGCCAUUGGUGUUCAAGAGCUCUGUUGUGGUGCUGAGGUGCUUGAAUAAUGUGGUCGGAGGGGUAUCGUUUGUGCUAUUGGCUAGGCUGACUGGUUCUCAGAGUGUGGAUCAGGGGAAAUCAACUCCAAUCUAAUUUUUUCGAUUGACCAUGUUUUAAUUAGUUGUACUUCGUACUUUGUAUUAAGAACUUUUGGGCCAAAUAAUGAUAGAGUAAUGAUAACUGUGCACCUCAUUUUUCAUGCCCAUCGAAGUGCCUGCGUAUAAAUAAUUUGAUUGACGUAUAAAAUGUGGUGCACGUCGUAUUCAUACACUCGGGUGUCAUUUGGUUUAGCAUUUGAUUUAUACGAGUGGAUAUCUUUAAAGCAAAAUCAUUUGGUCAUCUUAAAUCCA